ACGUGUCAGGAGAUCCCUGUUUCUCUCGCUCAUUGCCAAGAACUCAAGAGAGUAUCAUACACGAAACGGUCAAUCACCGCCCACCUGGUGUUCAAGCAGUUGUCGGAACGGCUCUGGAGGCGAAAUCCGUUGGAACUCUUGGUUUAUCUUUCCUGCAUGAGAGGAUCUGACGGGAACUAGCGCAUACGGGCGACGGACGGAUCGGAUCAGGGAGUUGAAGUGCAGCGCUGGGGUGUUACAAUAGAUGGACAUCCGGUGCAGCUGGCGUAUGAAAAGAGACAAAAGGGUAAGCAUUGAGAUAUGAAUGUUCCUGCAUUGUUGUUAAAUGGUAGGGGUUCACAUCACCGUGGACGAUUGACAUGGGUUUCUCUCGGUACCGGCGCCGCCCAGGGACGGACCGAGGCACCGGGGAAGGAGCGGCCGCUUCACCGCAGAAAGUCCAAGCCUGGAGUUUAAAGGAUCCCCCUCUAAUCAAGCCAGGUAAAACGUGACCAAUUCGUCGCAUAUAGACAAGGAAAGUCGGUUUAAUGUAAGUUUGGAGUACAGCAGCGACGAUGGCGCUCGGCACAGUUUGGUAAGACAUGCACACCACAGGUGGUACACGGGGCCGACAAGAUAGCCCGCGACCUCUAGAACUGUGUGUGGCAUGUUAAGUGCCUCUUAGGAGCCUGGGUCAGUUGGGAAACCUGUUGAGUUUCCGCUUUAAUGUGUAACUGCUUACAGCUAGGGCGUUGGAAGAAGAGCAAGGAAAAUGAGGGUAAAACAGGAAAAGCAAAUACGCGCCGCGACACAAUUCUGUCGAACCGGUGUCGCUGCUGCAUGCAUUCGGAAUCGAGCCUCCGUGCCCAUCUGGGGACGAGGCUAGGGGUGAGAACGGCGGAUGCAAGAGGACAUGGUGGAUACUGGGAUUAUGGAGUGCCGUGGUUCGCAUCAGUGUAGGAUUUCUAGCGGCUAUCACUUCGACUCAUAUUUGUUUAUUGCGGAGUGUUCCUACGUUGCCUUUCAGCUGCUUAGUGAGUCUCCUAUCACGUGCAAAACAACUCUUCAAGUACGUCGCUUCUGCAUACCAAAGGGAGAAGUUAUUAUACAGCCUCACAUUCGAGAGGGUGAGGCACAUUUUCUCCCCGUUUCGUGCGAACUAGCACGUGGGCCGUCUUUUCUCGGGAACGCACUUCUGUCGACGACGCUACGAAAGCGCAACCAGGCGCACAGAAGCACUCGAGAUGAAACCGAGAAGACCGCCACGAGCGAACGUGAAACAGCGUAUGAUUAUCCGGGAAUGUACACAUGUCUCUGAAUGGUUGUUCCACGGGCACUGGAAUAGCGUUUCUGUUGAGUCCAUCGCGAUGUUAGACUGGCCGCGUCAACACUGCUCAUCUGAAUGGCUCCAAUUCUGCUUCCUCUUCCUCAGUGGGCCGCUUAUGUUUGGGUCUUUUGACACCCACGUUUUUCGAUGUAGCGGGAGAAUUUCAAGAUCGGCUGAGAGUUUCAGCUCGAAUGCAGUGCCGCAUCCGUUAAGCCUGUAUUGGCGGUGAAACUUCCGUUAGACGUGUUGCGUGAAGCCUUUCCGCAGUUUGCGAACGGCACAAACGCCUGCCUGUACAGAUUAUUUUGUGCAUACCAUGUCUUCCCAGGUAAUAACAAUGGUAGAACGUGGUGAGAGUAGCAGUUAUAAUUUAGAUAGUUAGCAAAUACCGACGGUACAGACUGGUGUAGAGUAUCAACCACAGAAC